UAAAGGGCUCUGGGGAGGAUUCGCAAAAGAGCCCAUUCAGCGGGGAGCCGGCAGCCUCUUUCCGCCAGCUCCCAUCUCUAAGUUAAGCGCAAGGAUUAAGAUGCAAAGCAGGCUGAAGCCAAGAACGCCCCUUAAAGACGGUUUCAGCGCUUGACAGCGCAAUCGGUUUGGUCUGUUGGUUUUUUUUCCUUGGGGAAUUACACCCGCGGAGCCGCACGGAGCAGCGCACGGCUUUGAAACUUUCCCUUGCACAUCUGUGCGUGAGCGCCCGCGCUGGGCCCGCGGCCAAGGGCCGGAUUCCUGCGGCUCCCACACGUGCGCCGCACUAGGACCCAGCGCGGGCUGUGAGUCAGUGAAUGGGCUGGGGAGGCUGCGGGAUGUGAAUGGCUCUGCUGGCUGGGGAGAGCGGCCGCAAACCGGGGUGCUGAGCCCCGAAAACCAGCACGGACCCCCCUGGGGACCCCCCGCCACCAGCGGAAGGCGGCACAAGCAGGACCCGGCUCAGCUGGCGCAGAACGGCCCGAUGGCCCCGGGCGGCCCCGCGCGGCUCCGCGGCUGGAGGGAAUAGAGACCAACGGGCUGCAGUUCUGCGUGCGGAUCACUCGCAGGUGCAUAGCGUAAUGUCCAUGCUGUACUACACUCUGACUGUAGCUUUUUUGAUCGGCACACAGGCAGCUCCAAAGUCAGAGGACGAUGCUCCACUGGAGUAUCCCGCAGAACCCUCCCUGCUCAAUCCCCACGGCGGCGACGGACACCACGCUCCCCAGGCGGCUCCGCAGACAUCCCGCGGCCACCCCACGUGGACGAUAGGUAGAACAGAAGCUCUCAAUAUCACCGUGGACCCCAAAUUUUUCAAGAGGCGGCGUUUCCGCUCCCCUCGGGUGCUGUUCAGCACGCAGCCUCCCCCGGUGUCGGGACACAACGCGGGGUUUCUCAGCGGCGCGGGUUCCCUCAACAGGACUGCCAGGACCAAGAGGACCGCGCACCCCGUGUUGCACCGGGGGGAGUUCUCGGUGUGCGACAGCGUCAGCAUGUGGGUCGGGGAUAAAACCACAGCCACCGACAUCAAAGGCAAAGAGGUGACGGUGUUGGGAGAGGUCAACAUCAACAACAACGUUUUCAAGCAGUACUUUUUCGAGACCAAGUGCAGGGAGCCGAAGCCGGUGUCCAGCGGGUGCCGGGGGAUCGACGCGAAGCACUGGAACUCGUACUGCACCACCACGCACACCUUCGUCAAGGCGCUGACCAUGGAGGGCAAGCAGGCGGCCUGGAGGUUCAUCCGAAUCGACACGGCCUGCGUGUGCGUGCUCAGCAGGAAAUCGGGGAGACCCUGAGACGGCCCGAGACCCCGCGGCAACGACCCCCCUACCUCAGUCUGUAAAUUAUUUUAAGUUAUAAAGGACUGCAUGGUAUAUUUAUAGUUUACACAGUACAGAAAGAACCUCAUUAUUUAUUAAACUCUUUUCGAAACCUUU